AUGGCGUAUCAGUUCAUGAAGAAUAUAAAGCCAGAAAAAUUGAAUUUAGACACGAAUCAAGCAGGUUUUAGCGAAUUAUUCGUUAAAAGUAAAGACAAACAUGGUGUGAUAUUAUUGGAGGAUGUCGUUAAAAUGGAUUUACUGGAUCAGUAUGCUGAAAAUGUCAUCGAGUACACUAGCAGAUUUAACUGCGCUAAUAGUUUAUCAUAUGCUCCAGCUAAUAUAACGGGAAAAUACGUUGUUUAUCCUUCGUAUGGUGAUUUCCCAGAUGCCUAUUUUUUGAGGUCCUACGGUAAAUGGUGGGUUGAACGGGCUGCAUACCAAAAAGAGUAUAUGUUACAAGAUUUGGAUCCUUUGUCAGCUGAAGAUUAUAUCACUAUACAGUUUGAAAUAGCUGUAAUACCAAGGGAUAUAUGUAUAUAUGAGAUAUAUAAUCCAGGGGCUAUAGUAAGAAUAUGGGGUAAAACAAAUACUGGGGAUAAAUCAUGGGUAGUAUUGUGGGAAGGUCAACCGCAAAUAUGUCUGGAUGUAUCAAGGAAAUUCCAUCCACAAAUCAAAAUAAUCAACAAUCUUGUAAAUACAAUAAGGCUGGAAUUCAACCAAAGUCAUCUAAAAUACCACACUUCCAUUGAUGCUGUGGUCCUUGGUGGUUAUAUACAGAGUGAAUUAGUAAAUGAAAUCCUUAAUGUACAACUUAAAGUUGAAAAAAAUCAAAAACCUAUUCAAAAACAAGAACAAAUCAAUGAAGUUUCAGAUGGCAAAGUUUCCCCAGAUUAUUUUUCAGACCUACCUUAUGAAGUUGUAAUACAUAUUUUUCAAUAUUUGGACUUGAAAUCCCUAUUCUUAUGUGCCCAAGUUAACAAAAGAUGGUAUGAGAUAUGCAAUGACCCUGCAUUAUAUCAAAACCUAAGCCUCAAGAGGUAUUGGCAUAUAGUAAACAGUGAAGUAUUAAAAACGUUUGAAAGUAAAUGUAAAAACAUAAAAAAAUUGGACUUGUCUUGGUGUGGCAAUGAAGAUCCUACUUUUAAGGUUGCUUUUACAUCUUUUUUGAGCGCCAGAUGCAAAAAUCUUACACAUCUCUCACUGGGUAACUGUCAUUUUGUUAAAAAUGAGGUGAUACAGUUUAUAAGUCAGUGCAAUGAAUUGAUUGAUUUAAGGUUAAAAAACACGCCGCAUUGGCGUAUUUCCAGAUUGGACUGUUUAAAUAAGUUGGUUUCAUUGGAUUUAACAAGCUCUUUAAUACAAGAUAACGAUCUGAUUCAAAUAUUAAAGUCAAAUCCAAACUUGAAGCAUUUAAUCAUAGAUUUAUGCGAGGAUCUGAGGCGGCUAGAUCACGUGGUGGAAGCGGCCGCGCAGUACACUAAAAAGCUGGAAACGUGGAGCUCGUGGAAGUCGCCUUCUUUGAGUUUCGAGGGGGCCAAACAUUUUGGCGCCCUGGAAAAUUUGACGGAUCUCGACUUGGGUUGGUGUUUACUAACCACCCACCCCAUCGAUAGCCUCACGAAAAUUGCCGAGGGAUGCAAAAAGCUGAAAAGGCUUAUUUUAUCCGAAUGGAGAGGUGUUAACGAUUCUUUAUUGUUGCCAAUAAUUUUAAAUUGUUCAGAUUUGGAACAAUUAGAUUUGUUGGGAAUAAGAAGUCUCUCUGCAGAAGUAUGUGAGACAGCGUUGGUGACUCUUAAAAAAUUAAGGCUUCUAGACAUCAGUUUUUGUACUAGAAUUGAUCAAACACAGGUUGAAUUAUGGAGGGAGAGGUUUCCCCAUAUAAACAUACCAAGAAGCUGCCAAUUCUUGGUGAAUUAUCUAUAAUAGGUGCUAAAUUAUUAAUUGUUGUUUUUAAGAAUAUAA